GCAACAGUUUGUAGUUCAGUUAUGGCGGCGCCCUGUAAUUAUAAACACGCAGCAUGAGUUUAUGUUUGCUACAGACUUGACGUUUUGCGUUUCCAGCACAGUCGCUUGGGAGCUGUCAUCUGAAUUCAAUAGAACACGAACAUUGAAGAAGGUUGCCUGAUAUGUAAGGACCAGAGCACAAGACACAUGUGGACACGAACAUUUUAAGACAGCGAAACAACAGAUAGAGAGACGUAAACACACAGAAAGCCAAGCUCCACAUCUGAAGUUCUGGAUGUCAGGUGUAGGUCAGAGCGAUGAUGGUGCUGCAGUACCGGAGGCAGAGGCUGAUGGAGAACCCCCUCAUGAAGCUGCUCCUCUGGAACGGGUUGAGGAAGAUGAGGAAGCACCACCAGCAGCUAAACAGCCUCGACUGGAGCAGGAGGGUGUGGCCCUUGAUUUACACAUGACACAGACACCUGUGGACCCCUCGGUGGAGAUACAUGUGGACCAAUGUGCUGCUGGGAUUCUAGAGGAAGCUGGUGAAACCGGAAUAGCUGGGGAAACGGAGGAAGUUGAAGAUGUGGAAUGGCAUGAAAACGGAGAUGAGAACAUAGUACUCAGCCAGACUGAGGAAGAAAGAGGAAGAGACGAGCCUGAGAAGGACAGUCCAGUAGACAAUUCUGCUGUGCAGCACUAUGAAGGCCUCAACUUCAGCCAGAACCCUCAGAUGCUGACAGGUUCUUGGGCCGAAUACACCCACACUGUGGAAAAUUACCUCAGAGGCUGCAAAUGGGCUCCAGAUGGUUCCUGUAUUCUCUCCAACAGUGCAGAUAAUUUACUUCGUGUGUAUAAUCUCCCUCCUGAGCUGUACAGCAGUCGCUGGGAUAUGCUCUCUGAGAUGAGUCCAGUGCUGAAGAUGGCAGAGGGAGACACCAUCUAUGACUACUGCUGGUUCCCUAAAAUGAACUCUCUGGACCCAGACACAUGCUUCAUUGCCAGCAGUAGCCGGGACAACCCAGUCCACAUAUGGGAUGCAUUCUAUGGGGAUCUCCGUGCAUCCUUUCGACCUUACAACCACCUAGACGAGCUGGCCGCAGCCCAUUCCCUGUGUUUCUCUCCAGAUGGCUAUCAGCUUUACUGUGGCUUUGAUAAAAUCAUCAGGGUCUUCCAAACUGACCGUCCUGGGAGGGAGUGUGAGGAGAGGCCUACUAUGGUCAAGAAACAGGGUCAGACUGGCAUUAUCUCCUGCAUUGCCUUCAGUCCAUGUAAGUCCAUGUAUGCUUGUGGGUCGUAUUCUCGUUCGGUUGGCCUCUACUCCUGUGAGGAUGGAUCACUGCUGGCUCUACUGCCCACCCGACACCAUGGAGGCCUUACACAUCUGCUCUUCUCGCCCGACGGCAAUCACCUGUACACGGGAGGUCGCAAGGACUAUGAGAUCCUGUGUUGGGAUCUGAGAGAUCCAGGAAAGGUUCUGUUCUCCAUGCGCAGGAAUGUCAGUACCAAUCAGCGUAUCUACUUUGACCUGGACCAAUCUGGACGAUAUCUAUUGAGUGGGGACACUGAUGGCGUGGUGUCAGUAUGGGACACACUUACAGCGCCACCUGAUGGAAAUGAGGAAAUACUGCAACCAAUGCUGCAAUUUCAGGCACACACAGAUUGUAAUAAUGGCAUCAGUGUGCAUCCUUUCAUGCCAUUGGUGGCCUCCUCCAGUGGCCAGCGGCACUUUUGUUGGCCAUCUGACAGCGAGGAAUCUGAUUCCGAAUCAGAUGAAGGGAACGUGAUGUCAUCAAAUAGCAUCCAAAAGGACAACGCUCUUGUUAUUUGGUGGGCCGGACCACUGGGAUCAUCCAAUGAGAGAGGGCAGUUGGAGGAGCCAGCUGUGCUUGUAAACUAGAACUUUUGAUUGUACAAAAGCAGUCCUAGCAUUGCUAAACAACACAGUAACCAAGCCUACAAUACUGACUGUUUAGGGAAAGAGUUGCAAGAUCGUAAUUCUGCAUCUAUUUUAACAUUUUAAGAAUUCUUUUCAAAGUCCUUGGAAAUAAACAGGGAUUGUUUAUGAAUUUUGUUUAAAUGUCUUGUGAACAGGGUAUGUUUUGCCAUCUUUUGCAGUGUUGCUGGGUUUGUAAACCUUAAGGUCUUAAAGUCAAGACAGAAAUCCUCAAAUUUAAUUUAAACGAGUUCUGAAAGUGAGUUACGAUUCAGGACACUCACCUUGGCCAAUUCAUUAAUAGAUUUCAUUUCACUUCAAAUGAGUUUCUAAAUUGUUUAUAUUGUCUACUUCUCUGUCUCUGCCCUGAUUUCGACUUAGUGAAGGCAAUAAAUGCGUGACGGAUUGGAACAGAGGUUCAUCUUGGUUAAAUGUGCCAUAGAGUAACUGUGAGCAGCUGUGAAUAUAUUUUUGUAAGCCUGUAAUCUGCUUUAUUGUAAGUGAGUGUAGUUGGUUUCCUGCCACUCAGUGGGCCUCAUUGCUUUAACUGAGGCUGCACAUUCCCUUUUGUAAUAACCUGUUUCUGUCUGUCUGUGAGAGAGAGUUUGUAUCUUCUCAUGUUGGCUGAUGUCUUAAUACAGUGGUGUUUACAGAUAUACACUUUCUACAGCAUUACCUUUGAAAGUGUGUGUGUGUUUGUGCCUCACUAUACUAUAUUUACAGCUGUGGGUUUGAAUGUUUCAGCCUUGCCAAACCUGCUCUAGGCAGUUGCUGAUUGAUAAUAUCACAUUCGAAAGGCUGCUGAAAGUUUCAGUUAUUAUAUAAGGAUAUGACAAGCUUUUUUUGUACAGCUUGUUUGGAUUGUAAGCCACCCAAUUCAGGUCUACUUACAGUUCAAAUCGGGUCUGAUAAGAAGAACUGUAUGCAAAACGUGGAUCAACAAGCUGAAAAGCUCAUUAAUAGUCUGUUUACAUAAAUAUCACUAUCAUUUUUUAUUGUUACUUUAAACAAGCUUCGCUAUUCCUAUUGCUAAUCCUUUGAAUUAAAGAUUUGAAAAAACCCUUACUGCAAGUAUUAAACUUUUGCACAUAACUUGUUACUCGUUCGUGCUCAUUCGUAUGUACAUGCAUCACAGAAGAUUUGUCAUUUUUUCUGAAAGGCAUGGAAAUUCCCACAAUGGUGUCAUUUCUACCACAUCUCAAAUUCUGUAUUGUGUUUAACACAAAUUCCGUGAAUGAAAUGACGCUGAUGGAAAUUAUUUUUUACGUUUUUUAAUAAACUGGCUGACUUCGUUGUCUUGCUAAGGCUAUUUCAUAGCUAACAUUUUAUGUAUUCUAAAUACAAUUUAAUAUUUUCAAAAAUUAAAUGUAAUUUUGCAAAAUUACAGCUUUAUUGGAAAUGACGUACAAUAAAAAUAUUCUGCUCCUGA